UACCUACUACCUACACCCUACACACACAUUACACACUGCUGAAUCGGCGCAGGGCGCAGGGUCGUCGACGGUUUUGCACCAUUAUCUUCUCGUCUUGUCUUGGCUCUCGUCGUGCGGGUCGUGCCGCUCAUCCUUUCAUCCCAUCGAUCGAAGGAUCAAAAGGAAAAACCUCGCGCGGGCGCGAAAAAACAGCAUUACUACACCACUUGACAAGUCGUUACAGGAAUUAGUGCUUUUUUUCCUCUGGUGGUGCUUUGAUGAGCGUCUUCCGCAUUUCUACUUUCAUUCCUUGCGCAAAAUUUUUUCUGUUUUUUUGACGUGAUAUUAUUUCUAUAAUCGUACACGUGUUUCGCGGGAUAUUUGCGUAAUUUGUACCAAUUGUUGUCACUACUGUGAGAGAGAGAAGAGCCAAGGAAACAUCAGGUGGGAGCCGCGACUAGCCGCGAGGAUGCCAACCCUGUACCAACAAUUCUCAUACGAGUUUGAGCCUGAAAAGAGCUCAUGCACGCUCGCCGACUUGGACCUACAAGAGCCAAAAAUUCGCAGUAGCAACAAAAGCUCCAGCAGCGCUAGUCAAAUAUCGUCACCAACGCUUAGGGCCCAGCAGUCGGUUUCUCAGGUAUCUCCUCUGGAGAAGGCGACGAUGCAUCAUUACGACGAGAGCCUAGGAUCCUCCGAGAGAGACUGCCGCGAGGGCUUCGGGCUCCAGCAACACGAGCGCGAACAGCACCUACAUCAGCUGCAAUCCAUCAACAUGCUGCUCGAUCUACAUAGCCCCUCGUCCCAGAGUUCCUUCGCCAGCUCCAAGUUCUCGUUCGAGCCAGCUUCCACCGUCAAUUCUGGAUCUGCGUGUGUCGACGAUACAUCAAUCGCCGAUCUUUUUGGGCUUGCGCUACCACGAGGACCACUGAUGAAUGCUGGACAAAAAGAUAAAAGAGGACAGACGGGUAAUUACGACGCCUCCGCUUACCACAACUUUUAUCAGCAAAAAGAAAACGCACGCAAUUACUACUCGAAUCAAAGCAUCAUGGAAUUACCAAGUUCUCCAACUUCCGUUAACACGCCAGAAAGUCCACAUUCUGUUGGAAGCUAUUAUUCGAAUACCAACUCUAUCUCAAGUAAAAACAGCAGUCCGUACACCACAGGUUCGACUACUUCAACAAAUUUCACCAAGCCGUCUUCAUUUUCGCCUGCUCGCUCACCACCUUACGGCAGAGCAAUUCGGGGGAGCUCCACGUCAUACAGUAGUCCAGCUGCAGAUAUGUCGCCGCACAACUUUUUUUAUAACGGUUCAAGGUCCGAUUCUCCGGCAGACUCAAGUAAUAGUACUGGUAGCGUUGAUGGACCUUUAGCCGAUAUGAUGACUUACUUGUCAAUUAACUCCAGAGAGCGAAAUUGCUAUCCACCAUAUCCAGCUACGCUGCUCGCGAAGGAAAAACACGUACACAACAACGGCAAUAACAGAACAGUGGUACCCCCAGAACUUUACGAGGCACUCUGUAUGCAGACUACGCGCUGUAAUCAACGCCACGCUCCACAACAGCAACAACAUUACCAUCAACGCCAUACGCCUCAACAGCACCAUCAACAGUCGAUAGGGCAACAUCACCAUCAUCACUCGAGCUACAACCAUCAAUCACAAAAUCAGCUCUACAGUCAUUCACGAAAUCGCAAUGUCUACAGUAAUCGUGCAUACGAUAAUUCCAAGUCUGUUGUUUCAUUCAACAAUCAGCUGGCCUUGUACCAACAAUCUUUGGAUCAAGCCGCCAAAUUUCAUCGUAAAGCUGCAGCUACUUCUCAGCCUCUUUUUUCUUGGAGUGGAGUUUUGCCUCCUAAAACACAAAGGCCCAUUGGGUAUUCGUCUAAAGUGUUUUUAGGGGGAGUUCCAUAUGAUGUCACAGAAUCAGUCCUAUGUCAUGCGUUUAGGCAAUUUGGUCAAAUCCAAGUGGAGUGGCCGCAUCCAAUUAAACCGAUGGGCUUUUGCCACGUUAUUUUUGAGUCGGAGAAACAUGUAAAGGCAUUGUUAGCCAAUUGCACGCACAGUAUCGAGAAGGGCGAAAAUGUUUAUCACUAUAAGAUAACAUCAAAACGAAUAAAGGGCAAAGCAGUACAAGUAAUUUUUUGGGGCUUAGAUGAUGCCAACUAUGUAAAAUCACCAUCACAGAAAUUAGAUCCAGAAUUGACUGUUUUUGUCGGCGCUCUACAUGGCAUGAUAACUGCGCUUGGAUUGGCAACCAUUAUGAACGACUUGUUUGGUGGUGUUGUUUACGCAGGUAUUGAUACGGACAAGAAUAAGUAUCCGAUUGGAGCAGCCCGAUUGACUUUUAGUAACAAGGAAUCGUAUGAGAGAGCCAUAAAUGCAGGGUUCAUUGAAGUAAAAACUGAAGACUUUAAGAAAACAUUGCAAUGUGAUCCUUACAUUGACGAUUCACCAUGUUCAAGUUGUUACGUUCAACAAGGUCCUUAUUUUUGUAAAGAAAAGGUCUGCUUUAGAUAUUACUGCCAUACUUGCUGGCAUUACGUACAUAGUCGUGAAUCCGGCAUAAGCUUUCACGAACCGAUGUCCCGUGGUUCGAAGAAUGUGUCUGUUAACACGUGUUUAGCGCUCAUUUAAACAUUAAAAUGAUUCUAGGGAAUCCUUGUUUUACGGACAUCGUUCAAAUGGAGAUGUACGUCACUAGUGUUAUGGUCAACCGGAUCACGCAGAUUCUCUCCGACAACGGUUGACGAAAUGAGCAGAAAAAGUUAAGCGAAUGUUUAGUUGGAAUUUAUAAAAUGUUCAGGGAGCAUAAUUAUUGCGUGAAAAAAAAGUUGUUUUGUAUUGUUUGCAGAUCACUGCGCGAUUAAGUUUAUUAUAGAGCCUUUUUUCCCUUGAAUGGGAAUGUUAAGUGUGUAUGUGUGUGAGAUGUUCUUUGUUCUCUAAGAACAAAGCGAGAUUUUUUGGAAAUGGGGUGAUGAAAGUGUUAGUUACUUUCCCUAUUACGAGAGAAUAUUAUUUUUUUAUUUGUUGGUAUAGUCGUUAUCAAGAACACUGGCCAGGAUGUGUUCGAAUAUUGUUUUAGAGUAUUUAAAAAAAAAAGUAUUGUUAUGAUUAUUUCUGUUAUCAUAAUCACAAUUCGAAGAUUCUAGCUCCUUAUAGAAAUAGAGCCACGCACAGUCAGUUCUUGCAUAAUUUGAUUAAUUAUAAUA